AUGCUCGCCACCGCCGAGACGAACAACUUCGCCUCCUGUCCCGCCCAGCUCAUGCAAUGUAUCCUGACCCUGGUGCAGUUGUCUGAGGUGUCGCCUCCCGCAUACACGCAUGAACACGAGUCCACCGUCGCAGGGGUCCUCGACACCGUACGGUCAUUCAACCCAUUCGAAUGGGCCCUUUCCAUGCAGAGCCUUUCGCCCUGCGCGGACCUUCACCAAAGGACGUGGGUUGCGAGCGCCUAUCAAGCAGCGAUCGCAUUGUAUGCACCGAGGCUGGUAACAUCCUCAACUAACCGCCAUAGUCAACACGUGGGUGACUUCUCACCCGCCGAGCAAAACCAAACCCAGAUCCAAAGCUACGAUGAACCCGAAAGAGAACAUCUUGUCAACACUAUCGUCACCCAACUCUCCCAACUCGACCCCGACAGCGGUCUCUUCAAAUCCAGCAUCUGGCCGUCUUUCAUCGCCGGCGCGGAAGCCACCAGACCCGAGCAUCGGAACUGGGCGUUACGGCAUCUGGCUGCGGUGUCCAAGGCCCUGCCGUAUAAGACAUCGACAUUUGCGAUGGAUGUGCUAGUUUUGAUUUGGAGGGGGAUGGAUGGGGAAGAUGAGGGUGAGGGUAGGGGCGAGGGUGACGGUGUGAGGGAGGGAUUGGGAAAGGGGAGUCAAAGAAAAGGGUGGAUUGAAAUGACGAGGAGUUUGGGGGCAGAUUUCUUUGUGGCGUAG